AUGGUUCAAUGCCAGAGGCUAAGGAUGCGACAGUUGCGAGCAGAGACGCGAGCACCUGACUUCCCAUGUAUAUCACGAAAGCCAGCCGAUAGGUUUCUGGUACUUCAGUGGGCAGUCCUCUCAUGGGCCAAUAUCAUCCGCAUGGACGGGAAAGGCCCGCCAGCGGAGCCAGCUUCACUACAAGCCGUGGAGAAUCGCUUCGUGCCCACCAACAGUGAUUUGCGUUGGAGCAAUCACGACUUUCUCUCUGGCGUCAUUUUCGGGGUCCUGAGCUGUGGCAUCAUCAUGGCCUUGCUCAUGGGAUGCCAGGUGUUACGUUUUGUUCCUCCAGAGCCGAGAUCAGAGUGCGAGGUCACUGUAGACCCGCACUUGGAUCAAUCGCCCACGAGCGAGGAGGUCGAGACGCUCAACAAGUUUUGGCCACGUGCCGGCUGGCUGGCAUCAAUGUUGCUCUUGCAGAGCAUCUCUGGCAUCAUCUUGUCGCGUUUCGAAGUCUUGGUCCGGAAGAACACAGACCUCAUCUUCUUCCUCACCAUGCUGGUCGGCCUAGGAGGCAACACCGGUGGGCAAAGUGUGCUGCUCACCUGCCGGAAGCUGAUUCAACACGAGCCCAUCGCAGUGAGGGAUCAGUUACUAACCGGCUUGCUGAUCGGCAUGGUCUUGGCUCCCUUGUCCUUCCUUCGGGGCUUGGCCUCACGGAGUGACAUCAAAACAUGCAUUACAUUGGCGACUGCUACACUGCUGAUUGCAACUGUGGCUGUAGCGGUCGGCACUGCUUUGCCGAAAUUGUUACGGCGGAUGAAUGCUGACCCUGGACAAGCUGCAGCGAUGAUCCAGGUCUUCAUGGACAUUCUGGGCAUCAUGAUCACGUGCAGCGUGGGCGCUUUGAUUCUUGACACCUUGUAA